UUUGCUGGCCGCAUAUGUGUAAGUCGUUAAUAAUGGAUGAGCUUUUGGAAGAAGUAGCAUUUGCCAAUGUCCAUGGCUUCAUAACUGAUAACCAUUUUAGCCCAGAAAUACAGCAAAUAUUUGAAGAUAAUGCUGUAGAAAUGGAGUGUUUAAUAACAAUGACGGAAGGUGAUUUAAAAGAAAUAGGAGUAAAUGAAUUUGGAGACAGACGAAGGAUCUCCAAAGCAAUUGAUGCGCUCAGAGAAGACAAAGGUACAGGGGAAAAUACACAAGAACUUGCCCAGCAAUCUGAUCAAUCUGAUUUUACUGACAGGCAAAUAGGUACUCCAGCACUACGAAAGGCAACAAGUAUGUGUACAAGUUCAAGUGGCAGCUACCCAAAGUGGACCAGACCAAGUGUAUGUAUUAAGCAAAAUCAAAACAAAUUUCAAUUUUGUUAUAGGCCAUGGUGCAGUGCUUAUGAGUUUAAUUGUUACUUGGAAACAUAUCAUCAAUUUUAG